AUGGCGCAGAAGGAGACCAGCCGAGUGAGUGGUCCUGGAGCGGAGCAAAGCCCUACGGUCUCACUCCCUGCACCUUCCGUCUUCAGAGGCCAGGGACAGGAUCCCAUGGGCACAAGUCAAGGGAGAACUGAGCCCAUUGAGAAAUCUGGAGAAGAACCUGAGAAGCAGUUCGGGGAAAUGCGCUCGCUCUCGGCGCUCACUUUGGACGAAGCCAACACGUUUCACCUGAAAAGAAAACCUUAUUUGAUGGCAGAAGGCAGACCUUCGGGGGCCAUCCCGAAGCCACCGGUGUUCCCUGUGGACGACAGAAUGCCGGAAGUGGUGCAGAGCGUCCUGCUGGAGCGAGGGUGGGACAAAUUUGACGAAGGAGGGCAGAACAGCGACGACUGGAACCUGUAUUGCGGGACUUCCUCCUGCCGGAUGACUGAGCGCGUCCGCGUGAAGCUGGGGCAACGGCUGAACCACCCCCCCGGGCACCACCAGGCGGACCGGAAGGACCGCCUGGCCAGGCACCUGAAGCGCGUGAAGAGGACGUCCGGCGGCCCCCUGCACGAGUUCAUCACGCUGACGUUCGUCAUGCCUGACGACAAGUUCAUGGCUGAAUACUCGUGGGAGAAGCACGUGACGGGCGCAAAACGCAGCUCCCGGAUCUGCAAGCCUGUGGAGCCGUCUCGCGGGACGGGGAUCAUCAUUUCCAGUGACAUUAAAGACUUAGUCUUUGAUGAUACAUACAUAGUACGGAAAUAUACCUGCCACCCUUUCCUCGCGGGCAGAGGUAAACCUGACCUCCGCAUCUGUGUCUGUAUCACGGGCUUUAAGCCUUUGACCAUUUACGUUUAUCAGGAAGGGUUAGCGCGCUUUGCCACGGAGAAGUUCGACCUGAGUAAUCUGCAGAACAGUUAUGCCCCCUUGACCAACCUCAGCAUCAACAAGUCUGGGGCCUCGUAUGAGAAAAUCAAAGAAGUGAUCGGUCGCGGCAACAAGUAGACCCUCAGCCGGUCCUUCUCUUACCUUCGCAGCUGGGACGUGGACGGCCUGCUUCUGUGGCAGAAAAUCCACCACGUGGCUAUCCUCACGGGGCUCGCCAUCGCUCCCUCGGUCCCCUUUACGGCCAACUGCUUGGAGCUCUUUGGGUUUGAUAUUUUGAUUGAUGACAACUUGAAACCGUGGCCGCUAGAGGUCAACUUCAGCCCUGCCCUGUCCGCGGAUUGUUCGGCGGACGUUCUGAAGAGAAAACUCAUCCACGACACUGCUGAGCUGAUUUACUUGCAGGGUCUGAGGCAUGGGAGGGCAGAGGGUAGUGGGUCCCAGGGGAGCGGCGGGGUCCCCCUCGCGGAGCUGGAUGCCGGUGGGCUCAACCGCGUGGGCAGAACCCUUCCUCGUGAGUCCCUCUUUCCGGUCAUGGGCAGACCGUUUAAGGAGGAAUCUGCAGUGAAGAAAGCCGUAAAGAUACGUCCCGAGAGUAAACGUGCCUCCCAGCCUAGGGAAAUGAUGAGUAGGAAGAAAGACCUUCUCCUUUCAACAAGAGAACCCCCCCAAACCAAGCCAAAGUUAAAGGGCAGACACACGCCCCACAGCCUCAUUCCGUUCGUGUCCCUCAUCCAAGCGUGCGCCCACCGGACAAGCAUCGCCCCGUGCGUCGCCUCGGACUAGAGCAAAGUGCCAGAUCUCCAAGAAGGGAACUUUGUUCUCAUUUUUCCUUUCAACGAAGCAACUUUUGGAGCUUCCAGGAAUAGAUUAAACGUCAGGAGAAUAAUCCAAGAGUUCCAGAAACGAAUGAACAAACAACACUCCCAAGUGGCAGAAAAGGAAACAAAGAGAAGUUGA